CUCUAGUUCGCGAGCAUGCAUCCAUCCGGCCAACUUCAAAUCGGAAAAAAAUCGAAAACGAAAUCGGAACAGUAAAAUUAAGUACAUUGUAUAGCUUUUUCGACGAAAAUUUCAUGCAAAAACGAUUUGCAGGACUGAUUUGAUUUGAUUUCGGCAAAUAUAAAUUUUAUCGAUUGUUACCGACCAUCAAAAAACACAUCUGUAUCAAAUAGUCGGCAAAAAACCGCUUCCAAAAAAUUUCGCUCACUAAUCUUUAGUGAUUUUUUAUAAAUAUAAUAAUAAAUAAGCAGUUUUUUCAAUUCUACAAUUGUUUAAAAAAUAAAGAAAUAUGUCCAUUUUCGAUAAUGCAAACUCAGAGGGACCUGGUUUUGUAGGCAUAAGAUUUUGUCAAGAAUGCAAUAACAUGUUGUAUCCAAAAGAAGAUAAAGAAAAUAAAGUGCUACUCUAUGCUUGUCGAAAUUGUGAUUACAAACAGGAAGCUGAUUCCAACUGUAUUUAUGUGAACAAAAUUAUGCACGAAAUUGAUGAGCUUACCCACAUAGUACCGGAUGUUAUUUCUGACCCUACUCUGCCCCGUACUGAGGAUCACGCCUGCCCAAAAUGCUCACAUAGGGAAGCGGUGUUCUUCCAAGCGCAAACACGGCGCGCCGAAGAGGAAAUGAGAUUGUACUACGUGUGUACAAAUCAAAAUUGUACCCAUAGAUGGACUGAAUGAGUUAUUUUAAUGAAUUACAUGUUUAUAUAUUUUUAAUACGCGUAGAAGAAUACAAAUAAAACGAUUAAAGUGUAGUAAUAUAGUUCUGAAUA